UGAGGGAGCAAGGACAGGGAAGAGUGUUUCUGUGACACUGCUGGUAGCGCUGAGAGAUUGAAGUCUGAAGAGACUCGGAAAGGACCCAUAUCGCUGUUACACCGCUGGCACUCCCUGAGGGACGCGUGUCGGUGUGGCACCGGUGCACGCUGAAGGAGCGGGUGGGACUGGGUGACCAUGGGGAUGUGGGCAUCGGUGGACUCUGUGUGGGACUUCCCCGUGGAGAAGCGAAUCUUCGGGGCUGUGUUGCUCUUUUCCUGGACUGUGUAUCUUUGGGAGACCUUCCUAGCCCAGCGGCAGAGAAGGAUAUACAAAACAACGACUCGAGUACCACCAGAGUUAGAGCAGAUCAUGGAUUCAGACACGUUUGAGAAAUCUCGACUGUAUCAACUGGAUAAAAGUACAUUCAGCUUCUGGUCAGGGCUCUAUUCCGAGGUGGAAGGCACUUUUAUUCUUCUCUUUGGAGGGAUCCCUUACCUCUGGAGACUUUCUGGACGGUUCUGUGGUUCUGCUGGCUUUGGACCAGAAUAUGAGAUCAUUCAGUCUUUGGUGUUCCUGCUGUUGGCCACACUCUUCAGUGCACUGACUGGCUUGCCGUGGAGUCUGUAUAAUACUUUUGUGAUAGAAGAAAAACAUGGCUUCAAUCACCAGACUUUGGAGUUUUUUAUGAAAGAUGCAAUCAAAAAAUUUAUUGUGACUCAAUGUAUUUUAUUGCCUGUAUCUUCCCUUCUGCUUUAUAUUAUUAAAAUUGGAGGUGACUACUUUUUUAUUUAUGCUUGGCUGUUCACAUUAGUUGUUUCUCUGGUUCUUGUCACAAUUUAUGCUGAUUAUAUUGCCCCUUUGUUUGACAAAUUCACACCUCUACCUGAGGGAAAGCUCAAACAGGAAAUUGAAGUGAUGGCAAAGAGUAUUGAUUUCCCUUUGACUAAGGUCUAUGUUGUUGAAGGAUCUAAGCGCUCUUCCCACAGCAAUGCUUACUUUUAUGGCUUCUUCAAGAACAAGAGAAUAGUUUUGUUUGACACUCUGCUAGAAGAGUACUCUAUGCUAAACAAAGACAAACAGGAGGAGCCUGGCAUGGAACCCCGAAAUGAUGGCGAAGGGGACAGUGAAGAAGUAAAAGCUAAAGUGAAAAAUAAGAAACAAGGAUGUAAAAAUGAGGAGGUGCUGGCUGUACUUGGCCAUGAGCUGGGGCACUGGAAGUUGGGACAUACAAUAAAAAAUAUCAUUAUUAGUCAGAUGAAUUCGUUCCUGUGUUUUUUCUUGUUUGCUGUAUUAAUUGGUCGAAGGGAACUUUUUGCCGCCUUUGGUUUUUAUGACAACCAACCCACUCUGAUCGGACUUUUGAUAAUCUUUCAGUUUAUUUUCUCACCUUACAAUGAGGUUCUGUCUUUCUGUCUCACAGUCCUGAGCCGCAGAUUUGAGUUUCAAGCCGACGCUUUUGCCAAGAAACUUGGGAAGGCUAAAGACUUAUAUUCCGCUUUGAUCAAGCUAAACAAAGAUAACUUAGGAUUCCCGGUUUCUGACUGGCUGUUCUCAACGUGGCACUACUCGCACCCGCCGCUUCUGGAGAGGCUUCAGGCUUUGAAAGACACAAAGCAAGACUGAGCCAGCUGCUCAGGUUCCCUGACUGGACACACUUGCAGUUAUUUCUGUCCUGGCAGCAUGUUCCAGCUCUUGAUGUUUUUAAUUUUUUAAGAAAAAUGAUUAAGUACAUAAAAGUCCAGAUUUAAAUACAUUUACUAUCUCAUUUCAAAAAUGAUUUUAACAAUCCAUUUCUUAAAACACUGGAUACAGUCUUGAGGCUUAAUAUUUUUAAAGCAGUUUUAUCUCGCAUCUGGCUUACCAUGAGUUUGUAAAAUUAUUUAAGGAAAUGCACAACUCAUUUUAUUUCCUCACUGUGUAGAAUCUGCAUAUAGGGUGUUUAGGUCAUAUGUUUAAAGGUGGAAACACCACCUCCAGGCACUUUCUGCGAGGCAGAAACAAAGCGUGAUCCCAAAUCAUUGUGUUUGUACCUAUGUGGAAUUUGUUUUUAUCUUAAUGCUGUUGCGAUUUAUCUAGCCAAUCAGUGUUUUUAAAUAAGAAAGAAAAGUAAAAAUUAGUAAGGCUAAUGCUACUGAAAUGCACGCUGUUAGACAUGCUGUACUGUUGUAAUUGCAAAGCUUUCUGUUCCCUUUCUUGACACGCACCAAUCAGGAAUCCUCUCCUUUCUUUUUUUUUCUUUUUUCUUUUGGUUUUUCAAGACAGGGUUUCUCUGUAUGAUAAGCCCUGGCUAGCCUUGAACUCACAGAGAUCUACCUGCCUCUGCCUGCCAACUGCUGGGAUCAAAGGCAUGUGCCACCACACCCAGCUCCCAAAUUCAUUGUUUAGCCCAGAAUAGCUGGGAUGGCCUAGAGCCUUUAUCAGGCCUCCUGUCCUGGUCUCCAAAUGCCAGGACUGCAAGUGUGAGCUGUCGCACACAGUUUAGGGGUUAACAAUAGUGCUUGAAAUUAGAAACCUUCUAAAUCAUUGAGUUUGGGUUUGCUUUCAAGAAAGUCUUAAUUUUAAACCAGGCUUGAUAGCACUUACCUUUAAUCCCAGUGAUUGAGGCAGAGGCAGGUGGACCUGUGAGCUGAGGCCAAGCCUGGCAAGUUCCAGGCCAGCCAGGGUUACAUAGUGAAACUCUGUCUCUAGAAAGAGAGACAGGAAGGAAAAACGUAAAAGUCUGUCUCAAUGUUUAUCUUUCCUUCCCCCUUACCUUAUUAGCGAUAAUCUAGCCUUUUCUCAUUCAUUUUUUUCCCUAGUAAAAUAAUAGUACAUCCUUUUCACUUUGCAGAAGUUGCCGUAUUGUAGACAUUUCCCAGUGUCAAUUGUGGCAGAGUAUGAAAAAAAGAGAUUACAUUUGAAAAGAUAUGAAGGUGAAAUAUUCAUGAUUCUCUUAUAACAGGAAAAAUAUAGUUUUUUAUCUUUUUUCAAGGACAGAAGUGUCUGCUUUUAUUUUUGUAAUUUUUUUAUUCACAAGUCUUAAUUAGGCCAGCUUCCAUCUUUUUAAAGUUAUAAUUCUUGGUAGGCAGGCAGAUGUUUACUUGCAGAGAAAGCAUCAUGAAAGGUUUCCAGUGGGAAAAGGUGCGUGCUUGACUGCUUCUAAUGUCCACGUCCCGGAUGAGAAUCGUCCUGCGCUUGCCGCUGCCAGCGAGUGGGAGCGUGCACUUCCUGGGCAUUUUCUCCACGUGGGACCGACCGUUCGCCGUGAUGUCUGUGCCCGCUGCCAUGUGAGUGAUGCCUUCCCGUGAACUGGCAGAGCUCUGGUUCAGUACUGCAUUGUUCAUUUCCUACAGCUACGCAGAGCAGCCCACGGUUCCUCUCCAGCACCCUCUCCUGUGACUUCAUGCUCAGAUAACUGCCUUUCCUUCCUUCUGUGCCUUUAAAACACAUUUCAGUUCUGCACAAGUGAGACAUUAAAAAUUGCCAAUGCAGAUUUA